AUGACUCUCAUCAGAGACGUUGCAUAUGUGACAUGUACCUCAAUCACGAAUCACUUCAAUCUCACAAUACAACAUAAAGUCUCUCGCAUACUCGAGUUCAUUCGGAGUCAUGUCUUUGCACUUCUCAUUACCCGGUUCUCACGCAUUCCUCAUAACCGCACAGACGCUCGCACCGUUGCACACAACAGGAUGAUAUCCAACACGGCGCAUCAAAUGCCCCAUGCUCACCUCUUUGACUCAACAUUCUGGCAGGUUCUGCCCGCACACUACGACAAGAUCAACACCCACUGGAAGCUCAUCGCAAGCUUGUACUAUGAAGCGAGCGCUGCAAUCAUGGCAACAGAUCGUGCGGCAGGAGUCAACUCGCUCAAAGCCGAGUUGGAAAUGAUGGAACAAGAUAUCGCAAGCUACAGAGACGUUGUGAAGAGCGUGGUGCUCGAAGAUAUAGUGGGAAUAUAUGUGGUCGCUGGACGGCAGAGGUGGAGGGCGGAGGAGAUCGCGAAAGAGGGUUUGGGGGAUAUUGAAAAGGGCUUGACACAGCUGGAGAGGAAGGCCAAGGAGCUGAAGGCGGACAUUGUAUAUGGAUUUGAGGAGAAGUGA